AUGAGUAAAGAGGGAAAAAAGUUAUUCUAUGAAGUUUUAGAGAAUGUCAAGUUUCCCGAUGGUUAUGCAUCUAAUAUAUCACGUUGCGGUCAGAAGCAUCGUUCAUUGUCUGGUCUCAAAAGUCACGAUUGCCAUGUACUUAUGCAAUGCGUUCUUCCUAUUGCAUUAAGAAGAAAUCUGGAUGAUAAAGUUGUCUCAGUAAUAGAUGAUUUGUGUAGCAUUUUUCGUGUGUUAUGCGGAAAGACCCUUCACAUACGUGCACUCGAGCUACUGGAACAAAAGGCUGCCAGGGUUUUCUAUCGCUUGGAGAAGAUCUUCUUACCUUCAUUCUUUACGAUUAUGGUUCACCUGGUCAUUCAUUUAGUAUAUGAAGCAAGAAUUGGAGGGCCGGUGCACUAUCGUUGGAUGUAUCCGAUUGAGAGGUACUUGAAAACAUUGAAAUCUUAUGUGCGUAAUAAAGCUCAGCCUGAGGGAUCUAUUGCACAAGCAUACCUUGCUGAAGAAUGCCUCAUAUUUUAUGAUCAGUUAGAUCACGACAAAGACAACAACGCAUCAGAUCUAUCAGAUCUUUUUCCUUCUGAAGGGAAACCGUACGGGAACAUUCAAGGAUUUAGGAUGGAUGAUAAGGUGUGGAAGCAAGCACAUAGAUACAUUCUGUUUAAUUGCGGGAAUCCUGCCAUUGAAACCUUAAGAAAGGAUCAUAUAUCCCACAUUACUAGAUUAACACGUAGAAGACGCCCUUCACAACAUGAAAAGGAACUGCUACAUAAUGAAGGAUUUAGUGAUUGGCUACAAAAUUAUGUUAAAGAUCCAGAAAAUGCAUCUGAUGAGAGAAUAACAACUGAAAUCAAAUCACUUGCACGUGGACCAAAUCAUACAAGAAGAUUUCACGCUUUUGAUGUUAACAAUGGAUAUCUAUUUAGAACUAAAGAGUAUAAGAAAAAUAUGAGUACUCAAAAUAGUGGAGUUGUAGUAGUUGCUAAGACCCAAAGUUAUGCUAGCUCAAGUGAUACGAGGCCGAUGCUCGGAGAUUUGGCAUAUUAUGGAAGGGUUACAGAUAUGAUAGAAUUGGAUUACUAUGGAGAUUUUAAGGCCGUUUUAUUUGGAUGUGAAUGGGUUGAUGUGGUCCAAGGAAGAGGAUUGAGAAGAGAUAGUUUAGGUUAUACACAUGUCAAUUUCAGUCACUUAAUACACACUGGUGGUCGGGUAAAUGAUGAACCAUAUGUGUUUCCAUCUCAAGUUUCUCAGGUUAUAUACAUACAAGAUUGUAGAGAACUUGAUUGGUUUACUCCAACUCCAAUGAAACCAAGGGAUUUAUAUGACAUUGGGGAGGAUGAUCAUCACGAUGAACACCAUGCAGUAGGUGCUCAUUCAAUCGCAGAUCAAGGAGAUAUGGAGGAUGAUAUUGAUAAUUUGCCAUCGACAAUUGUUUCUGAAGGCAUAUAUGUGGAUGAUGACCACAUAGAAGAUACAGAUGAAGAGGACAACAAUUGA